AGUGUGAAGACAGAGAGCAGAGACAGAAAGCAGAAGGAGGCGGCUGCAGCCUUUGUAGUCGGAGAGGAAUGCGGAAAUGUUGAAGCACUGUGUCAAACUUUUUUGAAACGGGGUCAAGUCACAUUCAGCCAGCGUGGGAAAGCAAGGGGAAAAAAAAAGUUGAGGAGAGGGAAAAAAAAAAAAAAGGCAGCAAGCUGCUGCUGCUCCCAGGCUGAACAGAGGCCGAGGGAGAGAGCGAGGAGAGGCACCGCAGCGCCGGGGGCGGCGGCGGAGCAGCGGCAGCGCCGAGGGCCGGUGCCCGAGCCCCGCACCGGCAGGCUGCAGCCGGCGGGGCUGCGGUCGCGGCGCUGCUGCUCCCCAGGGGCCGCCGGCCGCGAUUUUUAUUUCGCGUUUUCAUUUUCCCCGGACAGGGUGGGGGCGGGAGGAACGGGCUGGGAGACGAGUGCGAGCUGCCUUCUGCGCCAAGGUGCAGCCCGGCGGCGGCAGGAGGAUGCGAGCCGAGAGCGGCCGAGCCGCGGAGCAGCUACCUGUGUGGCCCGGGCGGCCGCUGCCGGGACCUGCCGGAGACAUCGCCAUGUGAAUGGGCAGACCCCGGGCCGGCUCUCCACCCCGCCUUGCUCAAUGGGAGGUGCUUUGAGGCAGGAUCUUGUCUCUUGCAAUGCAUUCAUGCAGGGCUUAGUACAGAGGAGAGCAGACCAAGGCUGAAACCUCCAAAUGCUGUCAUUUGCAAAUAAGUAACACUAGUAAAGCAUGGGACAUAUUUCCAAGACAACCUUCGAGUCCUUUAAUUCUGACAUAAGCUCCUGGACAUAACUUCCUCUCACACAUGCAUGAUCUAAUUGGCUUUAUACAGACAAUGCUCCCAAAGACUGUAUGAUAAUUCCUGGUGGCUGAGAGAGGAGGCACAUUGGGGCCCAUACAGAAGAAGAACGGGAACAGGAGGGUGAGAGCAUCCUGCUGGCCCUCUGGCAGAGGUGCCAACUUUGCGGUGUAUCUGCAACGCACACAAACUACUAGUUUUCAGAAAGCGAGCAAGACUGAGAGCUGCCCCGAGGCACUUGGAGUAAGAGGAGUGGUGCCAGCAUGGAUAAGGACAGCACAAACCUGGCUGACCAGCAGUAUGAAUGUGUGGCUGAGAUUGGGGAAGGAGCCUAUGGGAAGGUGUUCAAAGCCCGAGACUUGAAGAACGGAGGUCGCUUUGUUGCACUGAAGCGGGUGCGGGUGCAGACCAGCGAGGAGGGGAUGCCGCUGUCCACCAUCCGAGAGGUGGCAGUUUUGAGGCACCUGGAGACGUUCGAGCACCCCAACGUGGUCAGAUUGUUUGAUGUGUGCACCGUGUCACGAACAGACAGAGAGACCAAGUUAACGUUAGUGUUUGAACACGUGGAUCAAGACUUGACUACUUACUUGGAUAAAGUUCCAGAGCCUGGAGUGCCUACUGAAACUAUAAAGGAUAUGAUGCUUCAGCUGUUUCGGGGACUGGAUUUUCUGCAUUCACAUCGUGUCGUGCAUCGGGACCUGAAACCCCAAAAUAUCCUUGUAACCAGCAGUGGGCAGAUAAAGUUAGCUGACUUUGGCCUUGCACGGAUCUACAGUUUUCAGAUGGCUCUUACCUCAGUGGUCGUUACUUUGUGGUAUAGAGCUCCUGAAGUUUUGCUUCAGUCCAGCUAUGCAACACCAGUUGAUCUCUGGAGCGUUGGCUGCAUAUUUGCAGAAAUGUUCCGUCGAAAACCACUCUUCCGUGGAAAUUCAGAUGUUGAUCAGCUAGGAAAAAUCUUUGAUGUAAUUGGACUCCCAGAAGAAGAGGACUGGCCUAAUGACGUUGCCCUUCCAAGAAAUGCUUUCGCUUCCAGACCCGCACAACCUAUUGAAAAAUUUGUACCAGAUAUUGAUGAACUGGGCAAAGACUUGCUUCUUAAAUGCUUAGCGUUCAAUCCAGCCAAGAGAAUAUCUGCCUAUGUUGCCCUCUCUCACCCCUAUUUCCAUGAUCUGGAGAAAUGCAAGGAGAAUCUGGACUCUCAUAUGUCAUCCAGCCAAAACUCCAGUGAGGUGAAUGCAUCAUAAUGCUGACUGAAGAUGAACCAUAAAUGAACAAGAUGUGUAGCUGACAAGGCCACUGUACCAUACAAACCACAUAGCUGUUCUAGCGAAGAUCGUUAUUUGGAGGUUUUAUGCACUUAUCUUUUAUUUUGAGAUUGUCAUAUGCUUAUCUAAGGGAAUCAAUCUAGUUUACUUUCAUCAGAUCAACCCAAGGGCCAAGGCUUUGACCUGCUCCUGUUGCAGCUUUAUGUUUGUUUUGGUUUUGUUUAUCUACCUGGGAAAACUCCAGACGAAGAGAAGCUGCUGACCGGUUUUCCUGCCAUUUUAUCCUUUUAAUAUUGAAUGCUGCCAGUGUGGAGUAGGAUGAUCGAGUCACUGCCAAAACAUGAUGCAAUCUCUCUCUCUAGCUGCUGAAGCAUGAUUUGGUACUUUUAUUAUUAUUAUUAUUAUUAUUAUGUGAUUUCUUACAGUGAUAUUUAAACAACGGCAUUGAAAUAUCAGAUCUCUGCAACCUGCAGUUAACUGGUAUAUGCAUUAAUACAUCCAGCUACUGUUCAUUCAUAGCAUAUAUGCAGGUGCUUCUCCACUUGAAGACUCGGAUGGAUUGUUUUAUCAUUUUAUUGCUCUAUAAAAAUAACGGUGAUGAUGAUGGUCAUAAUAAGUGUCUCAAAUUUUAGUUUUUUUCAUACACAAACAAGUUAUUGUCUGGCUAUGUUUGUGUGCAUGCCACGAAAAACAAGUCUUUUAAAAAACUUCUGAAGUCCUGUUCUUAAAGACUCUUUCAGUUUCCUAAUGGUCAGUUUGUGUUGAAAUCCAGGCACGUUCUAGCCCAUCACGUAACCCAUCAUUCCUCUCUGGAAACAGCUGCAUGUACAUUUUCUUUUAUCUUGUUCCAAAUUUCCUGAUAUGUAGCUCAAACACAUGAGCAGAGCCAAUGAAAAUCAAUACAGAUUUUUGCCUUCAACCUGUUCUGAUGAUCAGCCAAAAAGGACAAUAGAAUAAAAUCCUCUUCUGAAGCAGAGAAUCCUAUACCUGUAAUAAGCACAGAUACGUAUUUGUGCUGAAUUGUAUGCUGUAUACUGCGCUGCCUUACCUGCAACACACCACCAUGCAUCACAAGUUCAUGAACAUUACUGUCACGAAAUCCCUCAGAUGUCAUUUAUUAAGCAGACUUGUUUUCUAUGCAGAAAUGCAUGAGCUUCUCUCCUAAACCACCAUGUGGGUAUACUGGCACAUGCUUCUCCACUAGGGUUAAUGUGCCAUUAUUGAAUGUCAAAAUAACCAAGCAAUUCACAUGCCUUUAUAGCACAGUUAUUUUAAAUAUUACAUUAAAUUUUUAUAUUUAGUAUUUUUACCUUAACUAAAAUAUGUUUUCAGUAUUUUAAAAAAGAAGCUUUUAUUUUUUUAAUACUGUACUGGUUAAAAAAAAGAAAAAAAAAAGAAAAAAAAAAAGAAAUAUUUUAAAUCCAUAAAAGCUGUUCCCUAGCAUGAUUUUAGUGCAUUUACCUGGAUAUGACUUGGGGGAAAAUAUUGGUCCAACGAGUUAGCCCUUACCGUAAAACCAUAAAUAUACACUAUUGCAGUAUAUCUGAUGAUAAGUGAGGCAGCUAGCUUUGCUUACCUCUGUGACAGUCCCUUUGGCUUCUCUCUUCUUCAUCUCUGUUUCAUCUUGUCUAGCUAGUGAGCCAGCACUAUAUCCUCAUUCAGAGCAUGCUUGGCAGAAACAGGUCCUUAACACUGGGUUGAGCAAUAUAAUUUUUCCAGCUGUGGCAUGGGAACUUGUAGCCGUCUCCCUGGCAGGUUUCUCAGUACUGUGAUAGACUGGCUGCUGUGGCAAACUUCACUGUUCACUCUCUUCCAGGUAUCUGCGCUGUCUGGGACAUGGCCCGUUGCUAGGAUAGCGAGUGGGUCUUAUCUGUCGCUUGGAUAAAGCUUUUUGUUACUGUUAGACACAUAGCUAUGCUAUAUAUGGUUAAAUUUCAUCUGGUUCAAAUAAGCCAGAUUUUAAAAGGAUGACUUGCAUGCAUGCAUGCAGCAGCCUGUGCUUUUCUUCAUGCCCAGAAUGAUGCCUAUGCAAAACUUACCAGCAUGAACAGGCAAGUUGCAAAUUAGGCCUGGCAAGAGCAUGCACGAGGCACCCGCACACAGAGAGACUACAGAUGCAUAACACAAGAAUUUUGGAAGCUCUGUGAGCAGCAAGCUGAAGGCCAGGGAGCAGCCACAGCAGCUAACCCUCUAAUCUUGGCCUUGCCUCUGUCAUUCUCGCUGUUUCGACCUCCAAGAGGAACUGCGAGCCCACCGCACUGGUGUUAUCCCAGCCCUAUUCCUCCAUGGGUCAAUAGACUGAGUGUCAACGGGUUUGAACUUCCGUAGAAAAGGAUAGGCCAAAGUGAAAUUUUUGCUAACCAUUUUUAAACACUAAUUAGAACAACAGAGCCAAAAUUCAGAAGAAUCUUGUGACAGUAACAAAUAGAAGAGUUUUCUACACAGUUUAGCACUUGUAAAAACAUUCCACAUUUUACCUAGCACCCAGCUACCAUACGUACGUUAUCAAGGCGUUCAGCUGGUGUGGUUUCCAGCAGCUGCCAGGAAACUCUCCUAGAGUUCUCCAGCAACUCUCAUCGGUGAAAACGUAGGGGAGGAGAGGAUACUUUCAAAUUAGGCUCAAAACUCUUAGGCGUGUGCAUCUGUUCCAUGUUAGAAGAGCUUUAUGUAUUAAGCUUAGCAAAGCAAAGGCUAGAAAGAACAUUAUUGCUGAAUGUAGGUACAUUAUUAGGGUAAAGCAAAAAGGAGGGAAGAGAACACUUUAAGCCAAAGGUUAGUGUUGUCCCCAAAACUAAUGAGAAUACGAAAAUUACAAGAAAGUUAAUUACUGGAGCAGUGUGUCCCAAUCUGUAGUAUCAGAAGAAGAGCUCAGAGAGCAAGAGGGAAAAGGAGAGGUUGGUUUAAAGAGUCAGAAGCAGAGCUUCUGCAACAUGGUGCUGUAUGUUGCCUAAUAAAGAAUCAGGUUAUAAAUGAGGGUAUUCAGGAGAACAGCUUGAGAAGGGCUACAUUAAUGCUUAUGUUUUGGAACAUCCUUCGAGUGGCACUGGCAGGAACAAAACAAGAAAUCUAUGUUGUGUCUUGGCAGGGUAAGGGAAAAGAUUUAUCUAAUGGGGGUUCCUUGUGGUAGGAAGGGCCUAGAUUCGAAGGAUCAAUGACUUUUCAAAUGACCUCCUUUUCAAAGUCUCUUUAGGAAGAAAUUCCAUUUGACAUGGCGUAGGCUUACUCUUGUUCCAGUCUUCCCUGCCAAACUGUGGGGCCUCACUUACACUAGUGAACUGAGAAAAAGCCUGUUUUCUGGCUGGGCAAGGUACUGGCACUGGCUAAAAUCAUGCCAGGAAUCAUGCUUAUUGUUAGACAGUACAGACAGUUGUGGGAGUGUGCUCAAGCCCAUGCCUUUGCUGUUUUUAUUUUACUGGUAUAGCUCUAGUAUUUGAGUGCCUUUACUCAUUACUGCUGUACAUGCAGGUCAUAGGAACUGUGCAUAUGAAAAGCAAGUGCUCCUUAAAACACAUGUUCCAGACUGUGAUGAAAACUCUUUGUACACCCUUUAAAUAAGACUUCAGAGUGCAAUUCUUCUUAGCAAUAACUAUGCCUGUAUGCAUUCUACAGGAGCAGUUGAACAGCAGUUAAAAACCACUAAAUAACAAAAAAAAAAAAAGUUAAAAAUAAGUAUAGAUGUUUAGCUCCUAGAGCACCCACAACUAGGCACUGGGCUCUUCUCAGCAGAGAACAGAGUGUUCUAAGUAAUGGAAGGAGCAUUUUCUAUCUCCCACCAAUCUUUUUUCUUAGUCACUACUACAUAACUCUGCGGGAGAACCAGAUAGCCAAGGAAAAUAUUCACCAAAGCCAGCUAGAGAAGUGCAAAGAGCUGAACAAUAGCAAUACAUCUGCAGCAGCCCUUCUCUCUCCUCACCUGUCUCCACGCUCACUCUAGCUCUCUAGUUCUUCUUCAGCUCCCUUAUGGAAACAGGUUUCAGAAACACUCACAGGUGCUAUUUCCAACAAGAUUCUUCCCAAUUUUCAAUAGCUACACAGUGUCAGUGUCCCCUACAUCCCUGUUACCAAGUGGUGCUUCUUUUAGUCCAACAGCCCAGAACCGAUGGUUAAAAAAGAAUCGCUGUGGGCACCUCCUUGCUUACCCUUAGUUUUGCGUACACCUCUAUUGCCUUCUGUGUGCCAAAUAAAAUUCUAAAAAUAGGGUUUGUGCAUAUUUCUGUGUAGGCUAUGCCCACACUCCAGGUUUUUUGCAGCCUUUUAAUCCACAGUGGUAAAGGUCAGUGUAUCUUUCUGUCAGAGUACUUCUCUUUCUGUUCUAAAAUACGCCAAAAAAUGAGGAAAUCAUGUUCGCAAAAUAUUGAAAUUUGGUGCUAUAUGUACAGAGAUUUUUACAUGAAAGGUGUCAGUAAGUUGUAGCAUUUGAGCAUCUUCUGCGUGGGGGAUGGUAUCCAGUGUCGUAACUCUUAUGUGGUUUUUACACGUGGUGGUUCUUUUGGUCAAUAAGAAGAAAAUACUGUGCCAUGCUACUUUUCACAGAUUCCCUCACUGUCUUUGAGAAGCAUGUUUUUAUACUUAAAAUUCUCUCUGCUGUUAGGUAUUAGGCCAACUUUAAUAUGGAAAAUAGAGAGAAAACAUGCUGUUCUGGUCUUUUAGCCAAUAAACUUAGAGCACUUAUCUGACUCACAACUGAAACCACAUCAGUUGUCAAAUAUGUAUAUGAAUCAUAAACCACACAGUUUGGUUUAAAAGGCUACAUAAAUUAAUUAUGUUCCAUGUAUAAGACGCAGUUGAAUAAUGAGAAUGUUUAUUCUAAGAACUCUUUUUUAUAGAACCACUUGGAUAGUAUUUUUCAUAUACAGUAGUUUCAGGAAUAGAUUGAUUUUAUCUAUAAUGUGAAUUAGAAGAUACUAGGUUAUUAGAGUGAUUUUGUUGUGUUAUGCUUGAAGCUUGAAUUGAUCACAAGCUUAGGAACCUAACAUAUUUAUUUUAUCGCUACAAAACUGCCUCUAAAUAUCAAGAUCUUUUUUUGAUGUUAACAGGAUUCCACAGUUCUCUUAGUGUGUAAAUUAUUUUCUUGAAAUUCCUAUAAUAGAAAAAGCAUUUUUCCAAACUGCAGUUGUGUGGGAAAAUUUAAGAAAUAUAUUUUUACUUUCACAGAGAAUAAUAACAUGUUAUAUGCUGAAAUCUUCAAUAACUGACUGCUAAUAAGCUAUUGCUUUUACUUUUUUUUGAUUACUAAGUAUUGUAGUAUACAGAUUACUUUCUAUGAAGAAAAUAUUCAGAAACAAGUAAAUGGGAUUUUAUAUGUUCAACCUCCCAAGUUACAUUUUUAUAGCCCUUUUUUUUGUGCAAGUACAGUUCGGGUGUGCAAAAACCCAAGUACUAUUUUAACAGUCCAACAGGCUGUACAACUCAAAUAGGAGUUUUAUUUGUGAUCUAUUUAUUUUAUUACAUACUUUUGCUUUGCGAAUUGUUAGGUAAUGGCUGUAAUAUAAUUCUAGUUUCUGAACCAAACUCUGUAACCAUAAAAUCCCAGUAAGUUAUGUAAAAAAUAAGUAGCUUUCUCAUCAAUUUAAGUGAACUAGGCCUCUGAAAGAAGAAAGAUGUGGACCUAAGAACUGACAAAUAUACUUUUGCUAAGUGUUAUUUCUUCCCUUUAGUUUGAAGCUUAGCAAGAAUUGUAUAUGAAUAUGCAAUAUAUACACAAUAUAAGAACCAUAAAAACCACUUAGGAGUAGUGUGCACAGAUAAUACAAAAAAUAGCUCAUUAGAUUCUUACAGAAACCAACUAAAAAUCAUUAUUUUAUCUGUAACAUUCAACAUUUUGAACAGAUAUAUUUUCCCACUUUAAAAAAAUCCUGAAAAUUAUGUGUAUGUUUUUAAUGCAGACAGUGAAAGGCACCCAAACAGAACUGAAUCAAAUAGGAACUUGUUCUCACAAUUGAUUCUGCAAGGCCAAGUAGAUACCAUCAGUUCUGUAUGUGUUCAGUGGAAGCUGAAAUUAGCCAGCACCGUGCUUAGAUGAGCCUGUUGAUUUCUGGGCAGAAAAGCCCAAGGUUGCUGUGAGCAAGUUAGUGGAAAGUUUGCUUUGACUUAAAUAAAGUCCUUUGAGAGCUUCUGCAAUAUUCGAAUGUCCAGCCUUUAUUGGAAGACUGUGAAAAACAGCUAAGAUAAACCAAAACACCCUAACCGUAUGGCAUUAUGUCCUUCAGAUUAAAUGUUUUAUCUGCAUUAGAAUAUAUUGAUGGGCUUCGUCCAGCCCAGUGUCAAUGAGUCUUGUGCAUGGCUAGAGAAAGUAAGAAGAUUCUGCUAUGGAUAUUUUGUUACUGGGAGAUUGUAGUAGAAUAGAUUUUUUGUUUCAAAAAAAAAUCAGACAAAAGAUAUUGCCUCCUUUUAAAACAAGCAACUGACAUUUAGUAAAGAUAAAAAAUGAGAUUUUAAGGAACCAUUGGGAAAAUAUUGUUGGGAUAAGGGAAAAGGAGCGUAUUUACAAUGUGAAAAAUGUAAAUUCAAGUAAUGUGUAUUAAAUAUGCAUUGAAAUGGACACUUUUUCACUGACCUUGAUAGGGUUUUGUGGAAGAAAGGAACCCACGUAUUGGAUUUAUUCUAACUACCAUUUUAAUGUUCAUUUGCACUAAAGCAACCAAUACUAGUUGACUGAAAAGAGAAGGGAAAACAGGUAGUAUCUGUCUUGUGAUUUACUUUGCUGAUGCCUACAUGGAUAUGCUGUAGAGCUCUCAAGCUCGCUGUGCAUUUUUGAGUGAGCUAAACUUGCAUCCAUGCUAUUUAGCUAUCUGCACCUUAAACCCAUCUACAUGCCCAAAAAAAACACAUUUCCUAGUGUUUACAUGGAUACUUGCUCCUAUUGACAUGCUCAUGUUAAACUCAGGCAGAGAGCAGUGUCUCUGCCACUGAAUGGAAAAUUAAUUUUCACAGACUGCCAGCUUCCUUGGUGCAAUUACUGCUAAAGACUUUGUAGUUAAUGUUCCACAAUGUGCUGCCUUUCCUCUUAUUCCAUGUUUCAUAUGUAUGUCAUGUUAUACAAAUCCUCAGCCUUUAAAAAACAAACAAACAAAACAAAACAAACAAACAAAAAACCCAACAAAAACAAACAAACAACAACAAAAAACAACCAACCAAAAAAAAACACAAAAACAAAACCACCAUUCUUGAGUGUUAGGAUCAAUUCUGAGUAGCUAGAUGAGGGAAGAAAAUUGUGAAGUGCUGCAAAGAUAGCAAGAAUGGGCAGAGAUUAUGACAGUUCGGAUAAUUUUGGUGAGUGAAUCUGAAUAUGUGGAAAAGUUAUGUAUAAGCGUAGGGGGAAAACUUUUUUCCACGUUUUGCUUUCUCUUGUCAUUCACUUCUAUAAGCAUGAGAUGAUAAAGCAAGACUCAUGCAUGGGACUUUAGUUCCAGGUUCUUAUUAUGCCAACUCAAAUCACGAGUUUCAGAGCAGAUUUUUUAACAUAGCAACAGCUCUAUUUUCAAGUCAGAGUUUGCAGAAGCUAGAGCUUUUUCUUUGCAGAUAUUAAAAAAAAAAGUCUUAUGAGACAGCUUGAGAGCAGAUUAAGCUGGCCACACAGACACUGCCUGUCGCUUGGCUGCAGACAUGAGGAACAUAUAGCUCUAAUGCAGGAGAGCCACUAACAGCGUCCAUUAGUGUGCCGUGUCAUUGUGCAAUGCGAGAUGACUCAUGCCGCAAAUUGAAAAUCCUUGGCCAAUCCAAAACGGCAUGGUUUUGAGCACCUGGAUUUUGAUAAGAUUAUCCACAUGCAGGUUUUGCUGGAUCAGUCCACGUGGUUCAUCAUCUCAGAGGAGCAAGUCUGAGCAAAUCUGCUGGUGUAAGUAAUACUGCAGAACCAUCUGCCAUGGGAAAAAAAAGGCUUUUUGUAGGUUGUACAGCAGAAACUGAGCUUUCUGAGCUGCUGUGCCAACUUGAGAGCCACUGUUAACUAUUGUUAUGCCAUCUCCAAAAAUACAGAAUAUUAUGGCUAAGUAGCAUUUUGUUGUGUUUAGUCCAUAUGUGGAGGUGGCUGCAUAAGUGUCGGCAGAGAGCAGCUAAUUUCGAUCCUAGCAUUAAGUGAGCAACUAGGCUUGGCACAGAGACAAAUUUCACUGUUCCAGGAGUGGGAAACCCCUAAUUCUAUACAUAAUGUGAUAGGUCACCUGGCCACUCACGCUGUCGGUUCCUAAUCCCAGAUCAUCCUACUGUGACACUGUUAAAGAAGCCCUGGGGAGUCUCCUCCUCAACAGUCUUGCAACACCCUGCUUCCUCUCGCUGCAGUGACUCCUAAUUACCUGUCACUUGUAUCUGACUUGUAUCUCUAUACAACAGUAGAAUAUGGCAAAGCAUGUGCUACUUUUACGCCCUUUGGUUCAAGCAGAGAUAAGCUAGAAUAGAAUAGAUUGAACAUAAUGCAUUUGAUCAGCCGUAACAAUUUGUGAUACAGAAGACUAUUUACUAAGUACAGAAGAUCCCUGGACAACUGUCUUUGAUGAACAUGUUUACAAGAGCAGCCACUGAUGCUUCUGUUGUACAGAAGUUUUUGGCAGAUAUGGACAAGACUAGCAGUGCCAACAUCCUACUGCUCACCCCUCUUCCCUUCCCCUUCCCUGAGAUCACUAUUUCCAGGGAAGGGUUUCCUCCCAGCAUGAAGCAGAACAACUACGAAACAGUUCUUCCUGAUACGAAGGUCCCCAACUCUCAAGAUUACUUGGGUGCAUGGAGACAAUCAAGCUCAUCCCUUUGCUUUUUGCUUUGGCAGUUUUGAGUACAGAGCCCUGCCACGAGUACUAGGCACAGACAGGCCUUAACCCCCAACAUAUUCUCAUGAGGAAAAGUCUUUCCAGGACCUAGAGGGGACGGUAUGCUUACUGUUUCUAAGACAGUUGACUUUUUUGCAUUUUAAAGAGCGGUGUUCUAAGAACUCUCCUAAGAAACCUCUCUCACUACACAAAAAGGAUGACUGUGAAUUCUGGACAUGCUGUGGGAAAAGACAAAGUGUUUUCUAGGUGGAUGAUGAUGUAUCACAAUCAUCCUUCAUUGGUGAUAAAAGAAAAAAGAAAGGAUUCAAACUAUAGCCUGGGUCUGCAAUGUACUUAAAUAAGAACUUCUCAGUCUUUGUCCAGCGAGGUCCAAAAUCCAUCGUGAUGUCUUGCAGGGACUUUAUCUUGGAGUCCCUUGUAAAAAGGUGAUUAUAACCAUGGGUUGCAACUACAACAGAAAGUACAUCAGAAAUGGGAUGCUGACAAGAAGUUUGCAGAUGCAGGGUUCUGCAAGGUGGUUUAUAUAAAGUUCAGUGGGUAUGUGCUUGUCUGAAAGUAUGGAUUGACAUGCACAUUUUGAACUGAAGUUACCUGUCAUGACAGAACUGCAGUGUCAUGAGAUUAGAGGCUGAAAAGACUACGAAGAUUGAUCCGUCAUUUCCUUUUUCUCCCUAGAUGUCUGGCAACCCGGUGGUUUUCCAUCUUUGUUUUGAUUUUAUUUCGCCUCCACCACCACCAUUCUCCUUCCUACUGUGCAUAAUAAACUGAGUAGAAAAGCUUAGCUCUAGUUUACCAGAGCAGGCCAGCACUGACUAUAAAUUCUGAUCGCUCUCUGUUGGUCAGUAUUAGGUGAAUCAGUUGUCUCUGUUUAGAGUCCAACAGAAUUCAAUAUCCAUGGCACCUUCCUUGCAUUCAGCACUGUCAAACCACCCUGCUGUCAUUCUCUGCAAGGCUCAAAAUCUCUUUUCCUGAAGACUGAAUUCCUCUCUCCAUCCCACCUAGAGUCACAGCAAUGUGGGCAAAAGACAUUUCCAUUAUGGCGGUGCUUUUCAGUAAGGAAUGAGAGAUGGUUCCAAUUGAAAUGAGGCCUGCAAGAUUCUCGAGGACUCUUAGCCAGGCACCUUUCACAGGCAAGGCAGUCACUCUGUUAGAGUGAGAAACACAUUUCAAAAUGCUUAUGAUAGAGAAAAUAUAAAUGUGAUGUUUUUCUGAUAGAAUCUGUUUUCUACACAAAGCUGUAUGAUUUUGGCACUGAAACCAAGCCCACAGGCACCCGUUUAUUCUUUCCUUUUAGUCUUUAAUCUCCUUGUGAAUUCUUUUCAAGCAUUCAGAUUAAUGUAUUUAUGGUCUAUUUUAUUCCAGUUCAUUUAAGUAGUCUGCCAUUGACUCUCCUAUGGGUUGUAUUUUUAAUGUAAUAUUUAGCUGGACUUUGAACAGCUUUAGAAGUGUAAUGUCUUUGAAUGCUCUAGUUAAAGAAAAAUUAUACCCUCAAAACAAUGUCUUAGAAGUUGAACUGUCUACUUUGGAAAUUAUGUCUAUAUUAUAAUUCCCCAAAGCAUCACAGGGUGCUUUCGUCUGUCUGUCUUCUACUUUCUGUGUAACAGUGUGUAUUUGUAUUUCCUCACUAGCUUGAAACUCUUCAGUCUGAAGGCCCAAGUAUGCAAACCCAUGAACGCUGUACCUCACCUGAGCAGCCCCACCAAGCUCAGAGGGGUUACUCCUGUGAGUAUAAUUGCUCACAGAAAGUAUCUGCAGAAACAGGCUUUCCUUUAGUAAUUGACUGUAGUUGUGAGGACACAUGGUUAAUAACAGCACCAAGACACCAAUAAAUGGGGUCAGUGUUUAUUAAGAUGUGGACACAUUUAUCUGCAAGUUAUUUGACGUUAACCUAAAUUAUUGCUAUUAUAAUGCAGUAUGUUAUUUCUUAUGAAAACACACUAGUCCUGUGAAAGGGUAGUUGCCAAAAAAUGUGUCAAGUCUUGCUGCUUUAUUGUAUAUUUGCAUUUAGUAUACAUUUUGGUUGUUGAAGUGAAGCUAGUUUCAUAGAGAGGCAGAAAGCUAGAUCAGUCAAAAACAAAAAGCUCCAUACUGUACAUUGAGUUUUGCAACUAGACUAGUAUGUGUGUUCAGAUGUAGUAUUUUUUAUGCUUUAGAGUAUUUUUUGUUUAAUAUGUAAAGGAAUAAGCCGAUUACUUUGAAAUGCUAUUGUAGAGCUAAUAUUACACAUAGUGGGGGAAUGUUGUCUGAAAAAUUAAUAUUAGAAAACAUUACAUAGGCUGCCUUUGGCUUUAUGUUGUUUGGAGCAGGUCCAGCAGGUAUCUGUCGACUCCAGAUGCUUAAGCCAGUGGCCAACUUUGUGUGGCAUCUUGUAACCGAAGAAGGUUUUUUCCAGUGAUAAAGUUGUCUGUCUGUCUGGACUUUAAGUAAGAUUGUUGGCUAAACAAAAGCAUAAAGGCAGCAAACUUAGGUAUUUUUUGUGCAUGCACAAUUGCAUGAAAUAGGAUUGGAGCUUCAAAGUAUUUUAAAUCAUUUAGCAUAAUUUACUGUUGUUGCAACUCCACUGACUACAGUUAAAUUAAACCAAGAAUUUGACCUGUAAGUCUACAAAUUUCAGUGUCAGGCAGCUCAGGUCUAUAUAAAGAUACCCAAGCUUAGUAAAUCAGCAAGAAUACUAUAUAAAUGGUAAUGUGUGAUAAAAAACAUUAACUCUAGUAACAUUAUUUCUCUCAAAAUUUCUGUUCAUUACUCUUUUAUACAAAAGUUCAGAAGUGCACUUCUUAGUGGCAUUAGGAUAUAUGGAGAAAAGUGUGAUGCUGGUACAGAAACGUAUCAGAAAUGAGAUUUAGUUCUUACUGCUCUAGACACUCCAUGUGUGCCUACCUUACACGUUACAAAAUUCACGGAAGUCAACAUAAGACAUGGAGAAAGUUAAGCCUGUUUGUAACUCUCAUGGAUUACCGGUUUCAGAAUCUGCAAGAUAAGUUAUGUUCUCAAAAGGCAUUAUGGAAACUUUUCAGGUUUACAGAAUACUAUGAACAGUAAGGACAGCUUCCAAGACACAUCCAGAGUUUAUUAAUGGAUAUUAUAUCAGACCAACAUCCAUUAGCAAACCAAAAUCUGUCUCAGUACCUUUGUUUCUGAGUAUGAUUUUACAAAAAACUAAUAUGAAAACAUUAAAACAGCCUCUAAUGCUGUUUGACUUUUUUUUCCCCCUUUUUUGUAAUAAAAUAUCAUUUGCUCUGGAGGUGUCUAGGAUUUGAUAAUUCCAGGAAAACAUGCAAAGCAGUUUCAAAUUUAUUAUUAUUAUUAUUCACCUUAGGGCAUAUACUUACUCAGCUGGUGAAAAUCAGCAUAGUCCUGUUGACUUCUGCAGCAUUAUAUCAGCUUAUACCAGUGAAAGAGCUGGCAUGUCGAGUUUCAGCAUUUCAAGUCACUUUACCUACAUAUGCAGUAGGACUUUCUUUUGCAAGGUGGAAAGUUACCUAUGGUGCAAACUGUACUACCUAGACUACCAUUGUUACCUGCUCACAGGACAUGAUUUCACUGUAUCACUUCAUACUUGAAAUUCAAGAUGUUAUUUUAAUCAGGGUACAAACAUGAAAAGGUGCAUGUGUUACUGUUUCUUUUAAAGGUGCAUCGUUUUUUUUUUUUAUUCUGUUGUGCUUAAUAGUUACUAUUCAGUGUUCUUUACAUUCUUUGCUUUCAGCAUUAAAAUCACCUAUUAGGGAAACACAGUAUCACCUACAGAGGUACAGAAAAAUGUAAGUGAUUUCCUGAAUUGUUACUCAAGUAUACUGGUUGAACUUUUAGUCACCAGUAUGACAUCAAGGGGCUACAACAUGCAAACUGUGGUAUAUAAAAGUAUUGCACCAUUGCUGUAUGCGAAAUCUUGCAGCCUCUCGCCUCUUCUUGCAUAGCUGCUGAUUACCAUGUGCGCAUUGGAAAAAAAAUGGUGUUUGUGCUGUACAAAAUGGCUGGGCAAUAAUGCAGACACUUCAGAAACUCUAGAGCUGCUUUUGCAAGCUUUCAAACCAAGCCCCUUGGCCUGACCGCCUGCCUGCUCCCCAGCCCAAAUCUCACCCUGCGGGGCUUCCCACUUAAGAACACCCUCCGCUGGGGCUGCUUUACGUUGACUGCAUUGAAGUUCAUCGGAGCAUGCACCUUACCAUAUAGCAUAUCCUUUCGUUUUUACAAGUCUGUAAAGAUGGUUGACUGCAAAAAUAAUCAUGUGUCAAUACAGCAAAUGAAAUUAAGGCACACAGAAGGUGAUCAAUGUUGUAUUAUAUCAGAAUUACAGUCCUUUGGAACUGAACGUUUUGCUGCUGGCAGUGCAAGAAAAGCAAAGUUGUGUAUUUAUUGUUGGCUGCUGAGGGCUCAGUAUGAAAAUCGAUAUAAUAAAAAUGUUCACGGUGUCAAGCUCUUUUUAGUUGUUCCCAAAUUAUUGGAAAGUAAAAAGGCAAAAAAAUAGUUUUGUAUUUAAAACUUCUUUCCUGAGGUUUACUUCACCUUUCUAGCUAUAUUUUUCUUUUAUCUAAAAAUGUAAAAUGAAUACAAAUGCAGUAAGUAUUGUAUAUUAAAUACGGAAAAAUAGCAA